GGAGCUCUGUGAAUUUAGUUACAAAUGUUUUGAACGGAACUGUAUUCUUGUUUAAGUAUGGCAACCGAACAAUUUUUUUGACAAAAUCUUUUUAAACUAGAUCUAGAAAUAUUAUUUCUUCAAUGUACUGGUGGUAACUUUAUAAAUAACACAUUGUAGCCUGAAAUUUGUCUUCAAACUUUAAAAAUGAUGCAACUUGAUUUAACUCGAGUAGAUUAUCUCCAGGUUGGGAUAACAUGUCAAAAAACAAUGCAAGUUUUACCAUUGACAAGUAAAACCCAAAAGAUUGUUGUUGGUGAUAAUGAUGGACAGCUGCAAUGUUUUGGACUUCGAAAAGGUCAAGUGCAAACUUUGUUUCAAGCUUCCAAAAAGAAUCAGAUUUCAAGAGUUGUCCUAGGGGGCCAGAUUGGUGGAGUGAGAGACAGAAUUUUUACUUCUGCUGGAACAGAAGUCAAUGCAUUUACCAAGAAAGGCAAGAAUUUCCUGACUUUUGAUACUGGCAUCACAGAGCCUGUUCAGUCCAUUUAUGUUGAAGGCACUGAUUUACUAGCUUGUGGCAACUUUGGAUUCAAUCAUUAUUGUGAUUGCAAGGAAUCAAGCUACUUCCUCAGCAGUGACAAGAUCAACGAUGUUAUUUGUCUACCAAGAGAAAAAUGGAAUGGCCUAACACCAGUGUUGGCCUGUCAGGACCGAGUUCUUCGAGUUUUACAAGGAUCAGAUGUGUUGUAUGAAGCUGAGGUACCUGGCCCUCCAGUUGUGGUAGAACUGUUUGGUAACAAUGGAGGUGAUGAAGGAAAUGAAAUUUUGUAUGGAACUUCUGAUGGUAGAAUUGGACUCAUGCAGAUUGGAACGCUUGCACCUGUGCAUCGCUGGGAGUUGCCAAAUAUGAAAAGAGCGGGAGGAGUUCUUUGCCUGGACAGCUAUGACAUUACAGCUGAUGGAGUCCUUGACCUUCUUGUGGGUAGAGAUGAUGGACAAGUGGAAGUCUACAGCUAUGAUGAAGCCAAUGAGCCUGUAUUCCGUUACUGUUAUACUGGAAGUGAAAGCAUCACCUCUGUCAAAGGUGGAGUUGUUGCAGCUGCAGGUUUUGAUGAGAUUGUUUGUGCAAAUUAUGCAGGCUGGGUAUUUGCUCUGACUACUGAGCAGCUAGUUAAAGAGGUUGGGCUCCAGAAAGCAGCUCCAGACCCUGUUGUAACUGCCAAAAUUUCUAAUCUCAAGUCAGAAUUGGAAGGUCUGCAGAAACAGGUUUCAGAUGAACGAGCUAAAUAUCAUGAAAGUGCCCACUCCACAAAGACUGUCUCUGCUGUCCCUUUCUUCCCAAUCAAUGACAAAUUUGUUCUGAACAAAGAUGAUGCUAGUUACUCACUUAGCUUGGAGCUCCAGAGUCCAAUAGAUAAUAUUUUACUGCAGAGUGAUGUCCCUGUGGACUUGUUGGACAUAGAAAAGAAUUCAGCUGUUGUUAGCUACUCAGCAUGUAACCCUGAGGAUGGAAAUUUCCUCCUGGCUACUUAUCGCUGCCAAGCCAACACAACAAGACUUGAGAUGAAGAUCCGUUCCAUUGAAGGCCAGUAUGGAACACUACAAGUCUACGUCACACCAAGAAUACAACCUAAAACUUGUCAACUGAAACAGUAUCCGAUCAAGCCUUUGUCUUUGCAUCAAAGGAUUCAUGCUUUUGAUGAGAACAGGCCUCACAACACUUUGACUUUAAAAGGUCAGUUCAGUCAAGCUGAAGUCCACUCUUGGCUAACCUUCUGUUUGCCAGAGAUUCCAGAGAGACCUCCUGCCAUGGAUCCAGCAGUGUUUUACUUUGCCUCCACAUUCUUGGACACUCAGCUGCUUUGUUUAUACAGAAAAGGUGAAGCAGUUUUCAAGUCAGAUAACAUCUCCAGUAUUUCCAUUCUGAAAGAUGUACUUUCUAAGGAAGCCACAAAGAAAAAAAUUAGGCUGGACAUAUCUUUUGAUAUCAAUGAUGACUCAGUCACUCAUACAUUGAGACUCAUCCAUCCUAAACUAGAAGAACAAUUGCUGCUAGCUAAAAAAGUACAACUAAUUGAUGCACUGAAAGAGCUUCAGGUCAAUGAGCCAGACUUGAGUUUUAUGGCUCCAGAGUAUCAAGAAAUAUUGAAAGAAUCAGAAAAACUGAAGGCUGAGUUUAAGAGGCAGCCAAGUCAUUUAGAGAGACUUUAUGGAAUGAUUACAGAUUUGUAUAUUGACAAAUUCAAAUUUAAAGGUCAGAAUGUUAAAAGCAAAGUGCCAGCUCUGCUAGAACUACUGGAUACUUAUGAAUUGGAUUCUCUGAUUGCAUUUUUUGAGAACUCAGCUUGACAGUAGACCUGAUGUAUUUUCUGUAAAUGUGUUUCCUGCCUUUUAGAUCUAAUCAACAAGCCGUCCAACAUCCUAGAAAGAUGUUUAUUGUACAUUUCAGUAGUUUGUACUGAACAUUCCAAUCUGUGAUUACUAGGAUUGCACAUUUUGAUGUCUUUUAAACCUUGUAUUAUUUAUUAAAAUAUUUGUUUUUAA